CUGGUAAUAGUCAAAGAAUGCUUUGAACAGUUGAGACCACGUCACUGCUGCACGUCUCCUGCUUUCUUUUGUCCUAGUUAUUGUUAACAAACCAGCACGUUUUCUGCUUUGUUAACACUCUACUUUCUUCUGCUGGUCGCCUUUUGUGGAGAGCGUCAUCGAAGGCCAGAUACAGUACUUCCCACAGCGACACAGAUCUCUUUGUUUGGUCUACAUCGGAACUGGAAGUUUUAUUGGAAGGAACAUUUGGUUCAGUGUGUAAGUGUUACCUGAGCGGCUUAGCUAGUUUGAAUGCCUGUGACUCAUCAGACAUGUCGCAUCCUGUAAACAAGUUAAAUCAAAGGGAACUAUUUCUCGAACAGUGACUCAACAAUUAAGGUAUUAGUUUCACUUUUUGUUCUGCACAUGUGGGACCCAGCUCCAAUAGCUGAACCUCAGACAGACAGUGGGAACAUGAAGGUCUCUGCUCAAAAUGGAGGCACUGUCAACACGCCUUAUCUUAACAAUGUUCACGUGGGGAAUAAUCUGAUCAUUAGCGUCAACCAGACCGUCCAUCCUGAUGCCAUCGAGUAUGAGGAGGUGGUUCCUCUUAACAGCACAGAAAAACGCAGAAGAUGCCAAGACAACCUCAAAGAUCACCUUCUGAGGAAAACAGCCACUUUUGUUCAAGGUCCAAAAGAAACGGGAUCAUCAGCAUAUUUAGAUCAGACCUAUACAGAGCUUCACCUCACAGAGGAAGGCAGCGACAGGAAAAUGCACCUUAAUGACAUCUUCCAACCUUUGUCAGAUAAGGAGCCUGCUCCUCAGAGAGUUCUGACCAAAGGCAGUGCUGGCACUGGGAAAACUGUCGCUGUGCAAAAGUUCACUCGUGACUGGGCCAAUGGCUCUGCCAACCAACACAUUGACUUUAUCUUUCCAUUCACAUUCAGAGACUUGAAUUUAAUCAGUCAAGAGAAGCAUUUGAGUCUUGAUGAUUUAAUAAAGAAGUAUUUUGUAGAAGUGAAGGAUUUUAAAACAUCACACUAUAACACUUCAACUCUUUUAUUCAUCUUUGAUGGCCUGGAUGAAAGCAAACUCAGCUUGGACUUUAAUGACAGCCAAAUGUUGCGCCGUGAAACAGAGAAAACCACGGUUAGCAUUUUAUUGACCAACUUAUUCAGAGGGAACCUGCUGAGCCGAGCAUCAGUCUGGAUCACAAGUAGACCAGCUGCAGCCAGCAGGAUCCCUGCAGAGGCCAUCAGCAGGGUGAUGGAGAUGCAAGGCUUCAACGACGGCCAGAUUGAGGAGUUCUUCCUCAGGAGAAUCAGUGACAGAAACGUGGCUCAGAAGAUCCUGAACCAUCUGCAGGCAAAGCCGCUGAGGAAUCUGUACAACAUGUGUCACAACCCAAUGUUCAGCUGGGUUGCAGCCACAACUCUACAGAACCUCCUCACAGCCAACGAUGGACAGGAGCUCCCAGCGACUGUGACGGAGAUGUACACACACUUCCUCAUCAUCCAGACCAAAGUGAAACGUGAGAAGGGCUAUCAGGCCCCGGAAACGGACAAAGACAUGAUCAUGAAGCUGGGGAAGCUGGCAUUUGAGCAGCUGCAGGAGGGAAAUGUGGUCUUCAAAACCCUUGACCUGGGAGCGAGUGACAUUGCUCUGGAACAAGCAGCAGAUGAUUCAGGAGUUUGCACACAGAUCAUCAGGCUGCACAGCGGCCUGCACAGACGCCAGACCUACUCCUUCAUACAUGUCAGUGUUCAGGAGUUCAUGGCGGCGCUGUAUGUGUUGGAGACAUUUGUAGAGAAGAAAAAGAACGUGAUUCAGACACCGGGCAGAGGAAGACCUGCUUCAGUCCAUAGGAGCGCAGUCGACUUGGUCUUGGACUCAACGCACGGACACUGGGAGCUGUUUCUGCGCUUCCUUGUCGGCCUUUCACAGGAAAGGAAUCAGUCACUUCUUCACGAAGAGUUGGGUUUUACAAGAGGUCUCCUCCAGAGCAGUCAAAAGAUUAUCAAGCUGAUUAACACCAAGAUAAUAGGGUCUGCUCUCCAUGAGCAGCUCAUGUGUCUGUUUGGUGCUUUACAUGAGCUGGGAGAUCAUUCUUUGGUGGAGCAGGUCCGACACUACCAGAGCUCAGGGGAGGUCCGUAAAAUUACACCUGCGCACCUGUCAGCCCUGAGCUACAUGCUGCUCAAUUCCAACGAAGACCUAGAUGUGUUUGACCUGAGAAAGUACCAUCGCUCAGACGAGGCUCUGCGGAGGCUGCUGCCGGUGCUCAGAGUGUCAAAGAAGGCGUUGCUGAGGAGCUGUAACCUGUCAGAGAGAAGCUGUGAAGCUCUGGCCUCAGUUCUCUGCCUCCAGUCCUCUAGUCUGACACAACUGGACCUGAAUCACAACAGCCUGCAGGAUUCAGGUGUGAAGAUUCUGUCCGCUGGGCUGAAGACUUGUUGUUCUCUUCAGACUCUCAGGCUGAUCCAUUGUCUGAUCACUGAGGAAGGUUUGGCUUCGCUGGCGUCAGCUCUAAGAACCAAACAAUCCGGUCUGAGAGAGCUGGACCUGAGCUACAACUGCCUUGGAGACUUGGCACUGAUGUCUGCUAAGCUGAAGUCUCUCAGUAAUGUGGACGUUCUCAGGCUCAGUCACUGUAAUCUGUCGGGGAAAAGCUGUGAAGCUCUGGUCUCAGUCCUCAAGUCCCAGUCGUCUCAACUCCAAGAGCUGGACCUGAGCAACAACAACCUGCAGGAUACAGGAGUGAAGCUGCUGUCAGUCGGACUGCGGAGUCCUCACUGUCGACUGAAGACUCUGAGGCUGUCCGGCUGCCUGGUAACAGAGGAAGGCUGUUCUUCUCUGAACUCAGCUCUGACCGCCAACCCGUCCCACCUGAGAGAACUGGACCUAAGCUACAAUCAUCCAGGAGCCUCGGGAGGGAAAUUGCUUUCUGAAAAACUGGGGGAGCCUCGCUUUAGACUGGACUUGCUUAGGCUGGAUCAUGGUGGAGAGCAGAGGCUGAGGCAGGAUGUGAGGAAGUGGGUCUGUGAGCUCAGCCCAGAUAUGAACACGGUCCACAACAGCCUUGAAGUGUCUGGGAGGAGGGUGAGAACAGUGACAAACCGACAGCAACACGGUCCUCAUGACGACAGAUUUGACCACUGGCAUCAGCUGCUGUGUGGAGACGCUCUGACUGGUCGCUAUUACUGGGAAGUUGACUGGAAAGGAAAAGUUUGCAUCGCAGUGUCCUACAGGGGCAUCCGUCGAAAAGGCCGUUGUCAUGCCCGGUUUGGAGACACUGAUCAGUCGUGGAGUUUGUGCUGCUCAAGGAACGGCACAUACUCGGUCAGACAUGGCAAGAUAGAAGCAGAACUGGCCUCCUCUACCAGAGCAACUAGAGCGGCAGUGUACUUGGACUGUCCUGCUGGAAUCUUGUCUUUCUACAGUGUCUCCUCUGACACACUGACUCGCCUUCACACCUUCCACACCACGUUCUCUGAGCCGCUUUAUGCCGGGUUCUGGCUGGGUCCCAGUUCCUCCGUGUCUCUGUCUACAGAAUCUGACAGAGACCCGGAUACAGUUCAAAUAAGGAGAAAGCUUAAUUUUUCAUGUCUGAUUUCACUUUUUGUUUUGCACUUGUGGGACCUGGCUCCAUUAGCUGAACUUUACACAGACGGUGGGAACAUGAAUGUCUCUGCUCAAAAUGGAAGCAUCGUCAACAAACCUGAGCUUAAGAAUGUUCUAGUGGAGAAUGAUCUGAACAUCAAUAUCAAUCAUAUUGUACGUCGUUCUGCCACCAAGCGCAAGGCUGUGGAUCCUCUUAAAAGCAAAGAAAAGCGCCGAAGAUCCCAUGAAAAACGCAGAAGAUGCCAAGACAACCUCAAAGAUCUCCUUCUGAGGAAAACAGCCACUUUUGUUCAAGGUCCAAAAGAAACAGGAUCAUCAGCAUAUUUAGAUCAGACCUAUACAGAGCUUCACCUCACAGAGGAAGGCAGCGACAGGAAAAUGCACCUUAAUGACAUCUUCCAACCUUUGUCAGAUAAGGAGCCUGCUCCUCAGAGAGUUCUGACCAAAGGCAUUGCUGGUACUGGGAAAACUGUCGCUGUGCAGAAGUUCACUCGUGACUGGGCCAAUGGCUCUGCCAACCAACACAUUGACUUUAUCUUUCCAUUCACAUUCCGAGACUUGAAUUUAAUCAAAGACAAGCGUUUGAGUCUUGUAGAUUUAAUAAAGGAGCAUUUUGUAGAAGUGAAGGGUUUGAAAAAAUCAUACUACAAGACUUCAACCCUUUUAUUCAUCUUUGAUGGGCUGGAUGAAAGCAGACUCAACCUGGACUUUGAAAACAGCCAAAUGUGGCGCAGUCUAUCAAAGAAGACCACGGUAAGCGUCCUCCUGACUAACUUAUUCAGAGGGAACCUGCUGAGCAGAACCUCAGUCUGGAUCACGAGUAGACCAGCUGCAGCCAGCAGGAUCCCUGCAGAGUCCAUCAGCAGGGUGAUGGAAAUGCGAGGCUUCAACGACGGCCAGAUUGAGGAGUUCUUCCUCAGGAGAAUCAGUGACAGGAACGUGGCUCAGAAGAUCCUGAACCAUCUUCAGGCAAAGCCGCUGAGGAAUCUGUACAACAUGUGUCACAACCCAAUGUUCAGCUGGGUUGCAGCCACAACUCUACAGAACCUCCUCGCAGCCAACGAUGGACAGGAGCUCCCAGCGACCGUGACGGAGAUGUACACACACUUCCUCAUCAUCCAGACCAAAGUAAAACGUGAGAAGGGCUAUCAGGCCCCGGAAACGGACAAAGACGUCAUCCUGAAGCUGGGGAAGCUGGCAUUUGAGCAGCUGCGCAAGAGAAAUGUUGUCUUCAACACCCAUGACCUGGGAGCGAGUGACAUUGCUCUGGAACAAGCAGCAGAUGAUUCAGGAGUUUGCACACAGAUUAUCAGGCUGCACAGCGGCCUGUAUAGACGCCAGACAUACUCCUUCAUACAUGUCAGUGUUCAGGAGUUCAUGGCGGCGCUGUAUGUGUUGGAGACAUUUGUAGAGCAUAAGAAGAACAUGUUUCAGACAUCGGGCAGAGGAAAUCCUGCUUCAGUCUUUAAGAGCGCGGUCAACGUGGCCUUGGAUUCAAAGCACGGACACUGGGACCUGUUUCUACGCUUCCUUGUCGGCCUUUCACAGGAAAAGAACCAGUCACUUCUUCACGAAGAGUUGGGUUUCAGAAGAGGUCUCCUCCAGAGUAGCAGAGAGAUAAUCAAGCUGAUCAACACUAAGAUAAGAAGGUCUGCCCUCCACGAGCAGCUCAUGUGUCUGUUUGGUGCUUUACAUGAGCUGGGAGAUCAUUCUUUGGUGGAGCAGGUCCGACACUACCAGAGCUCGGGAGAGUUCCGUAAAAUUACACCUGCACACCUGUCAGCCCUGAGCUACAUGCUGCUCAAUUCAAACGAAGACCUAGAUGUGUUUGACCUGAGGAAGUACCUCCGCUCCGACGAGGCUCUGCGGAGGCUGCUGCCGGUGCUCAAAGUGUCAAAGACGGCUUUGUUGAGCGACUGUUUUCUGACCCAGAGAUGCAGCAGCUGCCUUUCUCUGGUUCUCCGCUCGAAGACGUGCCAUCUGGAGGAACUGGAUCUGAGCAGGAACCGUCUGGGUGAUUAUGCGGUCCUUUCGCUCUGCGACGGCCUCAAAGAUCCUAACUGCAAACUUCAACGACUCUGGCUGAUGUGCUGUAACCUUUCACCGAGAAGCUGUGAAGCUCUGGCUUCAGUUCUCAGCCUCCAGUUUUGUAGUCUGACACAACUGGACCUGAGUUACAACAGAAUUCGCGAUUCAGGCAUGGAGCUUCUGUCCAUUGGGUUGAAGACUCGUUCUCCGCAGACUCUCAGGCUGAUCUGCUGUCUGAUCACUGAGGAAGGUUUGGCUUCACUGGCGUUGGCUCUAAGACCGAACCGGUCCAGUCUGAGAGAGCUGGACCUGAGCUACAACCGCCUUGGAGAUUUGGCACUGGCGUCUGCAAAGCUUGAGUCUCUAAGUAAUGUGGACGUUCUAAGGCUCAGUCACUGUAAUCUGUCGGGGAAAAGCUGUGAAGCUCUGGCCUCAGUCCUCAAGUCCAAGUCGUCUCGACUCAGAGAGCUGGACCUGAGCAACAACAACCUGCAGGAUCCAGGAGUGAAGCUGCUGUCAGUCGGACUGCAGAGUCCUCACUGUCGACUGAAGACUCUUAGGCUGUCCGGCUGCAUGGUCACAGAGGAAGGCUGUUCUUCUCUGAACUCAGCUCUGACCGCCAACCCGUCCCACCUGAGAGAACUGGACCUAAGCUACAAUCAUCCAGGAGCCUCGGGAGAAAAAUUGCUUUCUGAAAAACUGAAUAAUCCUUGGUGGAGACUGAACUCACUCAGGCUGGAUCAUGGUGGAGAGCAGAGGCUGAUGCAGGAUGUGAGGAAGUGGUUCUGUGAGCUCAGCCCAGAUAUGAACACGGUCCACAACAGCCUUGAAGUGUCUGGGAGGAGGGUGAGAACCGUGACAAACCGACAGCAACACGGUCCUCAUGACGACAGAUUUGACCACUGGCAUCAGCUGCUGUGUGGAGACGCUCUGACUGGUCGCUAUUACUGGGAAGUUGACUGGAAAGGAAAAGUUUGCAUCGCAGUGUCCUACAGGGGCAUCCGUCGAAAAGGCGGUCGUCAUGCCCGGUUUGGAGACACUGAUCAUUCGUGGAGUUUGUGCUGCUCGAGCAACGGCACAUACUCGGUCAAACAUGGCAACACAGAAAGGAAACUGGCCUCCUCAGCCUCCACCAGAGUGGCAGUGUACGUGGACUGUCCUGCAGGAUUCUUGUCUUUCUACAGUGUCUCCUCUGAUGCACUGAUCCAUCUCUACACCUGCUGCACCACUUUAUCUGAGCCGCUAUAUCCCGGGUUCUGGGUGGGACCCGGUUCCUCAGUGACUCUGUCCACAGAGCAGCUCAGGUCUUGUAGUCAAUCAUCUUUACACACUUAAUAAUUUAAGGCUAAAUAAUAAUAUUUUUUCUAUCAAUCAAAUCAGUGGUUUAUUAAUAAAUCUGUAAAAGUUGAAGCUUG